AUGACGUUGCGUUCACUGGUUCACGAUGGUGGAUUCUACAUCGAGACGGCCCGAGCGCAUUGGGCAGCCCAAUUUACCUUCACUCCCGCGGAAUACCUCUCAGGUUUGUUUCAGCUUGCCUUGCGGUACCAUUUCCAACUAACUAUGAACUCGGGUACGACUGCUGAGGCCUGGGAACGAGUCGUUAAGGGCCCCUUUUCACGGGUAACGACUAGCCAGGGACCUCCUAACGGGGUUACAUAUGGCCGCAUUGCACGAGCCAAGCUAUGCUUGAACAUCGCAGCCCUCCCUAUUCCCCAUGACAGAAUGCUGUGCACUUAUGUCCCGUAUACCAGACCGGGUUCGCAGCAACCACCUUACUUUGACUACAUGCGCGACGUCUCCGGACAACCCGAGGCUCAGAGCUCCGGUAGUGCGAGACGGCAGCACCGUGAACGAUCUGCAACUAAUCAUGUUAUACCCUCGCAAGGUGUGGACUAG